GAGUUAUCAGAGGUGUGCCCGUGCUCUUCAGCGGAGAAAAUCCCCUACCUGGCCACUGGCCACUUUUUGUGGGCUGUGGGGUCCCCAAGGAGACGGCCCUUGGGCUCAGGGGCUGCGUUUCCAAACGCGCCUUUCCCAGGGCUCCCGCGCCCGUUCCUGCCUGGCCGCCGGCCGCUCCAACAGCAGCACAAGGCGGGACUCAGAACAGGCGUUCAGGGCCAACAGUGGCCGCGAGGCCCUGAGAUGGGGCUCCAAAGACCCCGACAGGCCCCGGCGGGUGGGAGGCGCGCGCCCCGGGGCAGGCGGGGCUCCCCCUACCGGCCAGACCCGGGGAGAGGCGCGCGGAGGCUGCGAAGGUUCCAGAAGGGCGGGGAGGGGGCGUCGCGCGCUGACCCUCACUGGGCACCGCUGGGGACGAUGGCGCUGCUCGCCUUGCUGCUGGUCGUGGCCCUACCGCGGGUGUGGACAGACGCCAACCUGACUGCGAGACAAGGAGAUCCAGAGGACACCCAGCAGACGGACGAGGGUGACAAUAGAGUGUGGUGUCAUGUUUGUGAGAGAGAAAACACUUUCGAGUGCCAGAACCCAAGGAGGUGCAAAUGGACAGAGCCAUACUGCGUUAUAGCGGCCGCGAAAAUAUUUCCACGUUUUUUCAUGAUUUCGAAGCAGUGCUCCGCUAGUUGUGCAGCCAUUGAGAGACCCAAGCCAGAGGAGAAGCAGUUUCUCCUGGAAGAGCCCAUGCCCUUCUUUUACCUCAAGUGUUGUACAAUUCGCUACUGCAAUUUAGAGGGGCCACCUAUCAGCUCAUCAGUGUUCAAAGAAUAUGCUGGGAGCGUGGGUGAGAGCUGUGGUGGGCUGGGGCUGGCCAUCCUCCUGCUGCUGGCCUCCAUUGCAGCCGGCCUCAGCCUGUCUUGAGCCACGGGACUGCCAUGGACUGAGCCUUCUGGAGCAUGGACUUGCUCCAGACCGUUGUCACCUGUUGCAUUAAACUUGUUUUCUGUCGA